AUGUUCCUUACACUUGUGACAGUCAUACUCUUCCUUCCGAAAAUUUCUUGUGGUAGUCUAACGAAGAACAGGCUAGCGGUUUCAGAAAAUCAGGAGACGGAAGGUUGGUUCCCAAACGGUAAAAAGGUUGAACAUAUGUUUAAAUUUAGAAGGGAGCGACGGGCUGCAACUGCAAAGAAGGAGCGAUUAUGGCCAAGUGGAAUAAUCCCGUACGAAAUAUCUGCAGAUUUUUCAGGCGAACAUAAGUAUAUUUUUCAGCAGGCUAUGCGACAUUGGGAGAACCAUACCUGCAUAACAUUCAUUCCACGGCAAGAGCACCACACUGAUUACAUAUAUUUUACUGUGGACAAAUGCGGAUGUUGCUCUUACGUUGGAAGAAGAGGCGGCGGACCACAAGCGAUUUCAAUUGGGAAGAACUGUGAUAAAUUUGGCAUAGUCGUUCAUGAAUUGGGGCAUGUUAUUGGAUUCUGGCAUGAGCAUACAAGAAUUGAUCGAGACGAUUAUGUUACAAUAUUGUACAGAAGACAGGAUUACAAUUUUGACAAACUGAAAAUCGAUGAAGUAAAUUCGCUAGGGGAGCCCUACGAUUACGCCUCUAUAAUGCACUAUUCAAAGGAUACUUUUUCGAAAGCACCGUAUUUGCACACGAUAUUGCCGAAACAUGUUGUUAAUGGGAAAAGACCAGAUAUUGGACAGCGAUUUCGACUUUCUGUUGGUGAUAUUAAACAAACAAACAAGCUCUAUCACUGUCCAGCUUGUUACAAGACUCUUACUGCUGAAAAUGGUAGCUUGACGCUGGAAGGUCACGACUGUGUUUGGCGAAUUAUUGCUCCUAUAGGAAGUUUUAUAAGGAUUAAUAUUUCUGCUAAUAGUUGGCCAACUUUCGCUAAAUGUGCUAAUGAAACCGAAAAUUACAUGUUGGUGAGGGAUGGAUACCAUGCCAGAUCUUCAAUCAUAGCAAAAAUAUGUGGUAAUUCGGCAGUGAAAUCAGUUGUUUCGUCUGGUAAUCGUAUUUAUGUUAGAGCUCGGACUGCAGCAAUUUCAGUAUCACCUUUCACUGCGAGUUAUGAAAUUAUAUGCGGCGGAAUUUUGCGUGGUGCCUCUGGAACGUUACAGAGUCCACAGUUUCCUGGGACAUAUCCUCCAAAUCAUAAGUGUGAGUGGAUCAUCAAAGUUGCUGAUGGUAAACAGGCCGCACUGGUUCUCCAUUAUUUUGAAUUAGAAUCUCAUAAACAGUGUAUUUAUGAUCGUUUGGAAGUAUACGAAGGAGACAAAGCAGAUCAUUCGAAAGUUAUUGCCAAGCUUUGUGGAAAGAUUAAGUCGAAGGUUAUCACAUCUCGUGGUAAUGUUGUCUUUUUGCGCUUCUGGUCAGAUAAUUCUAUUCAGAAAACAGGUUUUCAAAUAGAAUAUUUUGAAGAAGAAGACGAGUGCAGUUCUGCAGGCUUCAAUAGCUGUGAACAACAGUGCAUAAAUGAAAUUGGAGGAUACCGUUGUGCAUGUGAUGUCGGUUUUUCUUUAAAAGAAGAUGGCAGAACUUGUCAAAGCACUUGUGGAGGAUACAUAAAGGCUGAUAGUGGAGUUUUCUUCAGCCCAAAUUACCCACUAAAUUACUCGCCUUCUCAGCGCUGUAUUUGGGACAUUGAAGCUAGAGCAGGCUACCAAAUAAUUAUUAAUUUUACCCACUUUGAGAUUGAGGGCAUGAAAACAGAAUGCGCAUAUGACUACGUAUCUCUAACUGAUGAGUUUGGAAAAGAGGAAAGAUAUUGUGGUUCUUACGAUGAGCUUCUAGUUUAUACCUCUGCCUCAAACCUUUUGAAGGCUCAAUUUGUGUCUGAUGCAACCGUUGAGAAAAGUGGUUUUCUUGCAUAUUUUAUGACUGAUCUAGACGAGUGUCAGGAAAACAAAGGCGGUUGUGAACAAAUCUGUAUAAAUACCAUCGGUUCUCAUCGUUGCGAAUGCGAUGCUGGUUACCUGCUUGCUCAUGACGGGCGUCACUGUAAAGAAGGUGGUUGCCAUUUCCAAGUGCAUCAUUCUGAGGGAGAAAUAACGUCGCCAGGUUAUCCCCUUGAUUAUCCAAAUGGAAAAUAUUGUGACUGGCAUAUCGUUACUACACCUGGCCACCAGUUAGUCGUCGCUUUUGAAGAAUUUGAACUUGAAGAACACGCUUCUUGCAAGUAUGACCGAGUGGAAAUCUUUGAUGGUGGAAAUAGUUUUUCUAGACCUUUGGGUAUAUUUUGUGGCAGUGCAGUGCCAGAAAGUGUCAAAACAACUUCAAACGAGUUUUUUAUGAGUUUUACUAGCGACGCAAGUGUAACAAGACGUGGAUUUAAGGCUUUUUACUCGUCAGCCUGUGGCGGGAAGCUGAAUGCAGAAAAUCUUGUCGGCUACAUAUAUUCUCAUGCUCGAUAUGGAGACGAUAAAUAUGAGGAAAAUCUAAAUUGUGAAUGGCGUUUAAUGGCACCACCAGAAAAAAGCGUUCAAGUCACAUUUUUACAGUUUGACCUUGAGAACGACCUUAAUUGUGUUUUUGACUUUGUAGAAAUUUUUGAUGGCUGGAAAAGAGACGAUGAUAUGCUCCUUGGUCGAUUUUGUGGACAAAUGACAGUACCAGUGAUCGUGUCGGGCGGGAGGCAACUGCUUAUGUUUUUUAAAACUGAUGAUUCUGAGGAGCGUAAAGGUUUUAUGGCUGAGUACCGUUCAGCUGAUCCGGCCACAGUGACGUCGCGGACAACAAAAUAUCACGGUUUCUCUAGAGAACCGUUAAUUAACAACGAUUAG